GUUUGGUUUGAGACGGCCAUGCGCGAACACUGAACAGUCUCGACUCACCCUCUCCUCACGAGCCUCUUCGUGUCCUGGCUUCAACGUCGACCAGUCCCUCGCCGACCUCCUGUCUUUACCUACAACACUGAUCAAGGAUGCACUAUCGUUCCAUACUCGGCACACUCGUUUUCUUCUCUCUUCUGGGUCUCGGGCUUGGGCACUUGGAUUCGGGGACACCCAGGUCGAAGCAUGGCGCAUCAUGGAGGCGGCAUAUGGAGAGGUCUAUGAGCUUACAAAAUACUACGAGUCUUGAGAGACGUGUCGACGGAGCGAGGUUGACCUACUACGACGCCGGACAGAACGCGUGUGGUGGAUAUGAUUCGGACAAUGACUUCGUCGUCGCGUUGAAUGCUCCUCAAUGGGACAACGGCGCGCACUGCUACAAGACCAUCACAAUCUGGUACGCCGGCAAAAGUACUCAGGCCAAGGUCACCGACAUGUGCCCCGGCUGCCCUUGGGGCGGACUCGACCUCUCCCGCGGACUAUUCAGCUUCCUGGCAGACCUCGGCCUAGGUGUCCUCUCCGCUUCCUGGGACUUCGAUGAUGGCAGCAAGCCGCAGCUAGCGGCCGACCUCCAAGCAGCCUACACCCCGUAUGCCGCACACAGCACCACACACGCGCCCAGCACUACCCAAUGGACCCCGACACACACGGUCACGACCACCUACCGCGCCCCCGAGUCUUAUGCGGCCUACUCAAGCUUCAGCACGGCGACUAUGACUUUCAGCCCGUAUGCUUCUGUCUCUGGUACCUUGGCUGGCGUCACGACCUCGGCGACAUCCUCUGCGACGGCGACUCCGGCUUCGACUGUGGCGUUUGACCAGGGCACUCUGAACCGGGUCAAUCUCGCUAUUGUCGGGCUCAGCGGCCUCGCCGAGGCUGCUAACUGGGUCUGAAGCUACGAAGACUCGAGACGACUAUCUCCGCGACGUGGUCUAUGGUGUUCAUUAGGGUUUCUCAAGGUGCAGCUUGUACAAUGUAGUGUUUCAUGAAUAUGACGACUGUUAUCGGAG